AUGGCGUUUGAGAACAAAGAGUUGCAAAAUCAUCUUUUGGAUGUUGGGAACAGGCUGGCAGAUCCUCCUGCAUCGGUGGAUCAUCUCAUCUCGCUGCUAUAUCGAGCUGAUAGUUACUUAGCAAGGGUGGAACAGUCACCUAGAGAUUCUAUGCGAGCUGCACUCGAUCCGAUGUUGAAUGCAUUGGUUGAGCACAGGCUUUUAAGGCAUCCGGAUACUGAUGUCCAAGUUGCACUUGCCUCUUGCAUCACUGAAAUAACAAGAAUCACUGCACCUGAUGCUCCUUAUGAUGAUGAUCAAAUGAAGGAGAUAUUUCAAUUAGUUGUAUCUUCAUUUGAAAAGCUACAUGAUAUCUCAAGCCGAUCUUAUGCGAAGAGGAGAGCAAUUCUGGAAACAGUUGCCAAAGUCAGAUCAUGCGUGGUAAUGCUGGACCUUGAAUGUGAUGGGCUGAUUUUGGAGAUGUUUCAGCACUUUUUAAAGGCAAUAAGGGAACAUCAUCCAGAGAAUGUUUUUUCAUCCAUGGAAACCAUUAUGACACUUGUUCUAGAGGAAAGUGAAGAAAUAUCCUUUGAUUUGCUUUCUCCUCUCCUGGACAGCAUUAAGAAAGACAAUGAGGAAGUUUCACCGAUUGCCCGAAAAUUGGGAGAGAGGGUUCUUGAAAAUUGUGCAACCAAACUUAAACCCUACCUAGUGCAAGCAGUGAGAAUCUUGGGUAUAUCUGUGGAUGAUUAUAGCAAAGUACUUGCUUCAAUAUGCCAAGAUACCUGUGAUAGCUUGGAGAAAAAUGGUGUAUGUGUUACUAGUGAGCCCAAAGAAGAGGAGAGCAAAUCGGCAGAACUACCACUUGAGGAGUCAAGCCCAGAAGACGAGAGCAAGUCAGCAGAACAACCACUUGAGGAGUCAAGCCCAGAAGACGAGACCAAGUCAGCUGAACUACCACUUGAGGAGUCAAGCCAAGCGGUGGUUAAAGAGGAACCAGAGGAAGCUGCACAUUCUCCAGACGAUAAUCGGGAGGGGAAUAGAUCUUCCAAGUCAGUCACAAACAAUGGUGUUGCAUCUGCUGGAGAAGACGCCACUUUAGGAGAUUCUAAGUCCAUUACAAAGAAAGAGGAUACUGAUUUUUAUGAUCAUUCCAAAGAGGAGCUCAAUGAUUUGGGUGACGGAAAAGUUGACAAGAAUGAACAAAAACCGGAACAAGCCACCAAAAAGAGUCGGAGGAAAUCAAGCUAUUCAACCAAAUCUGCAAAACUGUCUCAAUGUCAAGUUGUUGCUAAUGAAAAGAAAGCUGAGAAAAUGUUGGAUUCUGAAAGUUACAGCAAGGAAGCUCGCAAUAAUGAAUCUGAAGUUGUGGCUUCUCCUUCACCUAGUGACAGCGUUCCUGACGAAAAUCAUUCAGAGAAACUUGGAAAAGCAAAAACUAAAGGAAGCCCUGCAAAUGUUGAAGUUGUUUCGAAAAAGGUAUCUGAAGAAGCAAGUAUAUCAAAAGCCAAACCUGUCAAGCGGUCAGUGAAAAAGGCACUUGGUCGAAACUCUGGUGUAAAAAAAACUGCUGGUACAGAUUCAGACAAAACACAAAGUGGGGUUGUUAGUAGUGCUGAUGCUAAAAAGCACUCUGCCAAGAAAUUGAAUGAUAACGAGGGUGGUGGUGGUGGAUCGUCUUCCAGACAGCUUGUAGAUGAGAAAAAGUUGGGGUGGGGGGAAGCUAACUCAGAGACGGGUGCAGCAAAGUCUUCUAGUGUAGGUGUUGAUAAGGAAAUGGUUUCUUCUCCAAGGUCCGAUACCAAAUCCUCCGAAAAUGAAAAGUUAGAGGAGACUACCAAAACAAGUGCAAAGAGGAAACACGCCUUAGAAGAUGAAAAGUUAGAGGAGACUCCCAAAACAAGUGCAAAGAGGAAACCCGUCUUAGAAGAUGAAAAGUUAGAGACUCCCAAAACACAUGCAAAGAGGAAACCCGCCCCAGGAAUAAAAAAUGGAUCUGGGAUCAAGGAACACGAUGAAAAGCUUGUUGGUUUACGAGUUGAAGUAUGGUGGCCUAAGGAUCGUGAGUUUUACAAAGGUGUCAUUGAACAUUUUGAUCCUAUAAAAAAGAAGCACAAGGUGGUUUAUGAUGAUGGUGAAGUUGAAGUAUUAAACCUUGCGAGGCAAAAAUGGAAUUCCAUUGAAGCUGAUUCAGUUGCAGAUGGGGAAGGAAGUGAUCAUGCCAGUCUCGAUGCUUCCCUUGAAAUGCCUACAAAAAAGAAAGGAAAAACAAGUUUCGGUGGACCAACUAAGCAUGGAAAGCUGUCCUCGAGUGGCGGGGCAUCAGGAUCAAGUAAAUCAAAGGGUGUUUUGGUGUCUGGUCAGAAGUCUAAGGAUGGAAACAAAUCCAAAGAAUCCAAUACUAUUAGCGAUUCUGAGGAUGAAGUUAGCAGAAAGUUUAAGGACAACACUCCUACAUCUGCUGCACCGAAAAUGACUAGUAAAUCCAAGAAGAUUGGUAGUUCCAAGACAAGCAAGCCAAAGGAUGACGACACUAUCACUCCAAAACCCUCUGUCAAGUCUAAGCAGGAAACCUUUAAGAGUGGAGCAACCAACCAAAAGACCCCAAAGACUGCUGCUUCUGAGGGAAAGCCCCCAAAUAGUGGUGGAAAGUCUACUGGCGACCGUGGUGGCAAGAAAUCUGGUUCUUUGAAGAAAAAAUUUAUAGAAGUUGAUGACUCGGAUGAUUCAGCAAGAGAGGAGGAAUAUACAAAGGGCAAGACAUCAGGUUCAUCAAAGGCAGAAGGAAGUGGUGAGGUCAAGAGGGGAAAUAAACGUCAGAAAAGCUAG